AUGAUCCCACCGCUCUGCCAGCAUGUCAAGGCAGAUUCCCCGCUCUGGCACUUCGAGUGCAGAAGUGAGGGGCACUGGCUGGGGCAGCUCCCUGAGACCCUAGCUCUGCCCCCACCCCCAGGCCGUCUUGUGACCGGUGACUCAAACAAGAACAUUCACCUGUGGAGCCCCAAGGCGGACGGGACGUGGCACGUGGACCAGCGCCCCUUCACCGCCCACACCGCCUCUGUGGAGGACCUGCAGUGGUCACCGACGGAAGCGACGGUGUUUGCCUCGUGCUCGGCGGACGGGUCCAUCCGGGUGUGGGAUGUGCGGGCAGCGCCGGGCCGGGCCUGCAUGCUGACAGCCAGCCAGGCCCACACCAGCGACGUCAACGUCAUCAGCUGGAACCGCCAUGAGCCCUUCCUCCUCAGCGGGGGGGACGACGGGGCCCUGCGCGUCUGGGACCUGCGCCUCUUCCAGACAGGCACGAGCGUGGCGACCUUCAAGCAGCACACGGCGCCCAUCACCUCGGUGGAGUGGCACCCCACGGACGGGGGGGUGUUCGCGGCCGCAGGUGCGGACAACCAGGUGACCCAGUGGGACCUGGCGGUGGAGCGGGACCAGGAGGGGGAGAGCGAGGAUGACCCAGCCCUGGCCUCCAUCCCCCCCCAGUUGCUCUUCGUGCACCAGGGAGAGACGGACAUCAAGGAGCUGCACUGGCACCCUCAGUGCCCGGGGGUCCUGAUCACCACCGCCCUGUCCGGCUUCACCGUCUUCCGCACCAUAAGUGUCUGACGGGCAGAGCCUGGCUUGCGGGGAGCCUCCCCCUUGCAGAUGGACCAUUCCAGCUGUCUGCUGCUUCCAUUGCACAGAAUCGGGAGAAAGCUUUGGGGGUGUGUGUGUGGGGAAUUGUCUGCUCCAUGUAGUGGCUGCUACCAUUGCACAGGCAAGAAGGGGAUCCCAAGAUGAGGCAACACAAACUUUUCCCCCUCCUUACUCCAUGCAGUUGGACCGUUCCAGUUAGUGGCUGCUACCAUUGCAUGAAAUGGGGUGGGGAGACAAUGUGCUUCCAUAUUUGGUGUUAUCCACCUCCUCCUUGCAGAUGGACUAUUCCAACUGCUACCAUUGGUCAGAAUUUGGGGGUUGGUGGUGUCUGGACCUGGACCUGGACCUUUUCAUUCUGCAUUGGGGGGGGGCAUGCCUCCAGAAAAUGCACUGUUCUGCAGUUUGUUUUGGGGAGCUACCAUCUAAUGUGGAGAUGGGGGGGCUGAUUUCAAGCUAGUUUCCCCCUCAGUUAUACAUGGUUUGGUCUGAAUUUGGUUGCUACUACUUGGGGGGGGGGUCAUCACCCCCAUUCUAUUGAGAGAAAUGGAUUGUUCCGGAGGCUACCAAUGGGGAGCUAGCUCCCAGGGGGUGCACAAAUCCCUGGGGUGGGGGAAUGGGACACAGACCCCCAGAUGCAGAGAGGGGGCAGGGGAAAACUUGCAUCCAUGGGGGGGGGGGGGUCCACAGCCAGGCCCCUCCCACUUUAACCCCAGAUUGGGGGAGGGGUCCACUAUCUCUCUCGCCCCCCACCCAUGAACGCCUCUGGGCAGGGAGGGGGCCCUGCCUGCGGCAGGGUGGGGUGGGGGGGGUUAGUACAUACUAUCUAUUUUCUGGCAAGUUCAGUUUUAAUUAAAGAAAAAAACUUCAUAACCUA